AUGGAUAUAUCCGCCCAGACAUUCUUCUACCAUCUACCCAGAGUGUUGGAUGACUUGGCAUCCUGUUGUUUCGUAUCUAUAGACUUUGAAUUCUCUGGCAUCGCCAAAGGCCUCGGACCCUCUGCUAAGAGCAGAAGCACCCUACAGGAGCGCUAUGAAGAAGUCAAGAAUUCCGCUGAUCAAUACCAAAUCCUACAAGUCGGCUUGACUAUCUGCCAUGAGGAUCCAGAGACAGCAACGUACACCUUGAAACCAUAUAAUCUAUACUUGAGCCCAAUCAUCGACCGGAAGCUUGAUUUAGACAGAAAUUGUUCCUUCCAAAGCAGUGCCGUCGAGUUCCUCUUGGAAAACAAGUUUAGCAUGGAAGAUCUGUACAAGAAUGGCGUCACCUACUUGUCGAGAGAUGAGGAAAGUCGAAUAAUGGCCAGAGUCAUGCAGAGAAAUGAACGCACGACAGCGCGCAGUUCUCUGGACGUCGGGGACCAUGAAUAUGAGUCCUUAGCCUUUUUAAAGGAUGUUCGCCGUCUUGUAGAUGAAUGGCUGGCGCUUGGUAAAGCCCGGGAGGAUUACCUUAAUAUCCCGCCACCUCGGCCUAUAACAGGACCUGCUCCAUCCAAUCACCCCAAGUCUAUGCCAACGGACCUCAAUAGGUUUCAAAAGAGGCUUGUUCAUCAGCUCAUCGAAGUGGAGUAUCCGUCUUUGGUGACGGUCAGUAGGCCGGGGUUUAUACAGAUAAUCGACUACGACGAACAGCGCGAGAAGGCUGUUCGCGACCAGAGGGUGAAAUGGGUACAAGAAAGGAUCUGGAAACAGACUGGAUUCAGAUGGAUCGCGGAGGCGCUAGCCGGGGGCGAUCUGACCAACCUCGAGCCUUUCUGCUUCAUCAAUUUGAUGUCGUCUUCGAAGGAGAACCCCCAAAGUUCUCUUCAGGACUUCUCGCGGGGGGUGAAGCAGCGGUUGCAGAAGAACAGACCUGUUCUGGUGGGCCAUAACCUCUUCACGGACCUAAUUUACUUUUGUCGGUGCUUCUUCGGGCCUCUCCCGGACCGUGUGGAGGAUUUCCAAGCCAUGGCUCAUGAGAUGUUUCCGGUGUUGAUGGAUACGAAGUAUAUGGCUACACACAACUGUGGCUCCAUAAAUCCUAGGUCUUCCCUGCAGGAAAUCAAUGACAGCCUCGCUAAACAGCCAACACCAGCAAUAAGUAGGUCGAUAGCAAUAUUGUCGUUCCUCACUAACGUCGAUCAGGUAUACACCCUCAAUUUACCAAAUACAACACGCGGGCAAUCGAUCACGAAGCUGGCUUUGAUAGUUUGCUCACUGCUCAGGUUUUCAUUAAACUUUCUGCCCAGCUCCGAGACAGGGGAACGUCGGGGAUUCCGCCAACAGUUCCAGAAACACCUCAACCCAGUGAAAAGUCGAAGGAGCCCACGAAGCAGGUUAUAG